UCUCCACGCGCAAUUGCUCAACAGCACGCGGCAACCUCGCGUGAAUUCCAGGAGAAAUCCCCUCACACAUCCCCUAAAUUCUUACACACCUGGAUCUCACACCUCGCAUCGCAGAUAAUCCCGCCCCCGUCCCAGGCCUCCUUUUGCUUUUUUACCAGCCAGCCUUGCGUACCCGUUCGACGCCGCGCCGAUAGAGAGGCACGGCUUGUUGCGCCCCCGCAAGCCACCCGCCCCGAGGAACCCAAUACGAGGGCGGAGGGACCACGCCACCGGGGCUCUUCGGACCGCUAGUCAGCAUCUUUCACGCUGACGUGCGGCGUGCGAGUUGAACUGCACUGCUGCUUGGAGGUGUACCUGUCAUACGCUGUUUAGCCUUCCAGGACCAUUCCUCGGGUGUGAAGCGUUUCUCAGGCAAGAUAGGACAACAGUCGACAUGUCUCCCACCCCCCAGCAGCAGCAACGCACCACCCUCCUCCGCCAAACCAGCCACGCCUUCUGCCAGGCCCUCCUCUCUCCCCCCACACCCACCACCCUCCUCAGCACCUACUUCACCUCCUCCACCCCCUCCAGCCCGCAAAUCACCGAGCACGGUCCCGCCUGGGCGACCUCGCGCCUGCCCUUCCUAGGCAAAACCUUCACCGGCGUCCAAGGCUGCGAGGAGUACUUCCAGCUGCUGUCCGCGACGCUGGAGAUGCAGCUGCCCGCGGACGCGUUCCCGGGGCCGGAGGGGUUUAUCGUGGAUGCUGAGGCCGGGAUGGUGAGUGUAGUGGGCAAAGGGCGGUUUAUGAGCAAGAAGACGGGGCGGGGGUGGGAGGAGACGUUUGUGUAUCGGUUUAGCGGGUUUGAUGGCGAAGGGCGGAUUGGGUGGUGGGAGAUCUGGGCGGAUCCGUUGAGUGCUUGGGAGGCGGUUGGGGGGUGAGCUGGGUGAGUGAUUGAGACUGGACUCAUCGGCUGCUUGGAUGUCGAGGUGUCUGUAGUAUGAAAAUGAAAGAAUACAAUCGAUGAAACGA